GGUUCGGUCCGUGUCGGUAACGGUCCGGUCCGUCACCUCCAGACCCGGUGCAGGUCGGUAACACGGCGCCGGUUCUGCCCUUUAAUCUGACCGGGGAAGCUGUGCUGACUGCCCGCAGAGGCGACAGGGUUAGCUCGCUGUUAGCAUCAGCGGCUAGCAGCAGAGAACCAAAACAAACCCGGAGCUAACGGAGGCUAGGCUAACUGAAGCUAACCGAAGCUAACGGAGGCUAAAGCUAACCCAACAUGGCGACAGAGGAGAAGAAGCCAGAGACAGAAAACAUCAAACAGUCUUCUUCCUCCAGCAGCAAGUCUAACCCGGCCAAACCAAACUACACAGUGAAGUUCACGUUAGCCGGACACACGAAGGCCGUCUCCUCCGUCAAGUUCAGCCCCAACGGAGAGUGGCUGGCCAGCUCCUCUGCCGAUAAGCUGAUUAAGAUUUGGGGAGCGUUCGACGGCAAGUUUGAGAAAUCCAUCGUUGGACACAAACUGGGGAUCUCGGACGUCUCCUGGUCUUCGGACUCCAACCUGCUGGUUUCUGCUUCUGACGACAAAACACUGAAGAUCUGGGACAACAACUCUGGAAAGUGUCUGAAGACUCUCAAAGGUCACAGUAACUACGUCUUCUGCUGUAACUUCAACCCUCAGUCCAACCUGGUGGUGUCAGGAUCGUUUGAUGAGAGUGUUCGUAUCUGGGAUGUGAAGACGGGGAAAUGUCUGAAGACUCUUCCAGCACACUCUGACCCGGUCUCUGCAGUUCACUUCAACAGAGACGGAUCGCUCAUCGUCUCCAGCAGCUACGACGGCCUCUGUCGUAUCUGGGACACAGCGUCAGGACAGUGUUUGAAGACUCUGAUAGAUGAUGACAAUCCUCCCGUCUCGUUCGUCAAGUUUUCUCCAAACGGCAAAUACAUCCUGGCUGCUACACUGGACAACACACUGAAGCUCUGGGACUACAGCAAAGGAAAGUGUCUGAAGACGUACACCGGACAUAAGAAUGAGAAGUACUGCAUCUUCGCUAACUUCUCCGUCACAGGAGGGAAGUGGAUCGUGUCGGGCUCGGAGGACAGCAUGGUUUACAUCUGGAACCUUCAGACCAAAGAGAUCGUUCAGAAGCUACAAGGACACACAGACGUAGUGAUCUCCACCGCCUGCCAUCCAACAGAAAACAUCAUCGCCUCGGCCGCUCUGGAGAACGACAAGACCAUCAAACUGUGGAAGAGUGACUGUUAGACUGAAGGAGGAGCGAGAGACUGUCCCGGUUUCACUCUGAUAAUCAGCAUCAGCACCGUCGACUAUCAGACCUGAUCCACUGUGUCCCAGACUCACUCCUAAUAAAACCCAUCACAUGAAGUUUUGCUGCUAAAAACAAAAAAUAAACAACAAAAAACAUUUAAAGGACGAUUUCACAGUUUUCCAGCUCAGAUCUAAUUAAAUCUGAUUAGAUUUUAUUAGACUUCCUCUCAUGUUUUAUUGACGACAGGAAGUGCUCAAGAGAGAGAUUAAUUUUAAUUUCCUUUUUAAUGAUAUUUUAAUAGAUUAGACUUUUUGUUUUUUAAAUGUUCAUCUUUAGUAUUUUUAUUAAAGCAAAUUCAGCACUUCCUCUUUUACAUUUAAAGAGACGUUUGUUUUAUUGUUUAA